UUAGAUCCCGUUCUGUUGAAGAGAAAGGCAGCGAGAAUCAGAAAGGAGACGGGUGACGAGAGGUAUUAUGCGCCGAUUGAGCGGUCGACAAAGUCGAUUCCAAAGACUGUUGGUCUUUCGCUGUUGCGACCGUUCCAGAUCCUGAUGUUUGAGCCCAUGGCUUUGAUCCUGAAUAUUUACACUGCCAUGCUCUUGGGCCUGCUGUAUCUCUUCUUUGGAGCGUUUCCACUGAUCUUUACGACGAAUCAUGACUUCAACCUGUGGCAGGUUGGGUUGACGUUUACGGGGUUGUUGGUGGCCAUGAUUAUUGCCUGCUGCGUCACGCCGCUGUGGAACAACUUUCGGUAUACGUUGAAGGAGAGGAGGAGGAGGAGGACGGGGGUGCUGAAGGAUGAGCCCGAGGAUCAACUGCCGCAGGUUAUUGUGGGCGCGCCGCUCAUUACGGGGGGGUUGUUUUGGUUUGGGUUUACGAGCACGCCCGAGAUUCAUUGGAUUGUGCCGUUGAUUGGGUCGGGGGUUUUUGGACUUGGGUAA